AUGCGUUUACUCAAUAUAGAGACCAGAGAACUGGAGGAAUAUUUCGACAACUUUCCGGCUUACGCAAUACUAUCGCACACUUGGGGCGCGGAGGAGAUUACGCUUCAAGACCUCAAACACCCAGACCACAUCAAGAAGAGGGGUUAUGUGAAACUCAACGGAUUUUGCGUAUUGGCAGCAAAGCUCGGCUACAAAUAUGUGUGGAUCGACACCUGUUGUAUCGACAAGACAAAUAGCGCAGAGCUAUCUGAAGCCAUCAACUCCAUGUUCCGGUGGUAUGCAGACGCUCCUGUUUGCUGCGCUUACCUCGAAGACGUAACAGAAGGCGGCCAUCAGCAAUCUGAGGCCCAGUUUCGAAGCAGUCGUUGGUUCACUAGAGGCUGGACCUUGCAAGAACUCAUUGCUCCGCAACGUGUCGACUUCUACGACAGCACAUGGUCAUGUUUUGGCGACCGACACUCUUUAGCAGAGACUAUCAAGGCUAUCACCAACAUACCUAUUUCGUAUCUCUGCAACCAUCUCACGUUUCGCUCAGCAAUGUUUGCUGAGCGGUAA